GGGGGAAGGAAGUGUUUAGGAUAAGCUCGUGUUUGGCACUGGUAAACGAAAAUUUUGUGUUUGUGAGUGAACAGUCUGUAUCUCAAAUUGACAAUGUGAUGUAGUGAUCUCUUUUGCUAAACGUAGAUCAGCAACAUCUUCUCUUUGAUCAGUGUUACUGACUUAUUUGGAAUACAGAAUUCGGUAUUAAACAUGUCGAAAGCAUUUCCAAACGUUCCCAUCCAGUCCACGGCAGGUGCCAUCCCCAUGAAAAAUGAGAAAGGGGAGGUUGUUAUGCAGAAAGUGAAGGUUAACAGAUACGUUACAGGAAAACGACCAGAUUUUGCACCAGACAGCAGUGGAGGUGAAGAAAGUGAUGAGGAAUUUGAGUUCAACAGAAAGAAGAAGCAGCAACAGGCUAAUGAAGACAGCGCUCCAGAGGAAGAAGAGAUUCCUUUGGACACACAAGACCGACGACUCAGGCGAUUACAAAACCGCGGAGAUGUUGGUUACGAUAGUGAUGACGAUGACAGGAUUGCAAGGCACAGAAGGGAGGUAGUGGAACCAGAACUUAUUCAGGAGAAAUCCGAUUCUGAAGAUGAACGACACAGGAAGAGAUUUGGAGAAGAGGAAGAAAGCAGUGAAGAGGAAGAGGAGUUGGACGAAGAGGAAAUUGAAAGAAGAAGACUUCUCCUUCGCCAGCGGAUGCAACAGAGACAAGAGGAGGAGGAGGAAGUUUUAGAAGUGGAGGAAGAAAAGGUGGAGGGGGAGAGUGAGGAGGAAUCCUCUGAAUAUGAAGAAUAUUCUGAUUCUGAGGAAGAAACUGGUCCCAGACUAAAACCUGUGUUUGUCAGGAAACGAGACAGAAUCACCAUUCAGGAGAAGGAAAAAGAAGAAGCAAAGAAACGAGAAAUGGAAAUUGAGGCGAAGAAAAUAGCAGAGGAAAGAAGGUCCCACACAUUAAAGAUUAUCAAAGAUGAUGCUCGCAAGGCAGUUGAAGAGGAGAAAACUGUGGAGGAUGCCUGUGAUGCUCUGGACUCUGGUGAUGAAAAUGACGAAGAAGAGUACGAGGCUUGGAAAGUCCGAGAGCUGAGGCGACUAAAGAGAGACAAGGAGGAGCGCGAAAACAUUGAAAAAGAUAAGAUGGAGAUAGAGAGAGUGCGAAACAUGAGUGAGGCAGAGAGACGACAGGAAUUUGCACAGAAUCCCAAACUUGUCACAAACAAAGCCCCCAAAGGCAAAUACAAGUUUCUACAGAAAUAUUAUCACAGAGGUGCCUUCUUUGUGCAAAACGAUGAAGACAAUAUGUACAAACAGGACUUCUCAUCACCUACACUUGAGGAUCAUUUCGAUAAGACAAUUCUUCCCAAAGUCAUGCAGGUCAAGAACUUUGGACGAUCUGGGCGCACCAAAUACACCCACUUGGUGGACCAGGACACCACCCAGUUUGACUCGCCCUGGAUAGCAGACACCGCCCAGAAUCUCAAGACCCACAUGACCAAGGGAGGUGGAAUGAAACAGGUCUUCAACAGACCAGCAGCCAAGUCAAAGCGAAAGUGAAAGCAAGUUCAGUGGAGUGUGAAAGGAAAAUUUUGUUGUUGUGCUUGGCUGGUACUUCGGAAAUGCAUUGUAAUGAUAGCAAGUGUUUUAAGGAAAAAGACUUGUUAUAUUUAGAGAGUGGGAAAAUGAUACUAUUGCAAGCCUUUGAUGAGUGUACCUAUAGGAAAACACGAAGGAAAGUUUUGGAAUGGUACUGUAAGAAAUUGUGAGACACAUAAAGACACUGUGAUUAACUAAUUUUUAUAAUAAUAUCAGAAACAUCAAGGUUGGUUACAGCUUACAAGUAUGUAGUAUAAGUUUGAAGUCUCUCUCAUUCUAAAGUAUUAAUGUGUUCAUCAUUCAUUUAAUUGCCAUUAAAAUCAUCAGUGGAGUAAUUGAUUAAGAAUUUUUCUUUGAUUGUACAUAAUAUCAUGAUAAAUAUAUAUAAAACAUGUUUCUUACUUCA